UGCAUGGGGCAUGAAGAUAGAAGGAUAGUGGUAUAUGAUCUAGACCAUCUUUCGUUAAUAUAAAAUAAGAACUCUACGCGGAUUACCUAGCCCAAUCAGAAAAGGAAAUCCGUUAAGCACGGAUUAUACGUCCUCUUAAGUUAAUAUCGAGGUAUUUAUUGAUGGAUACACGAGGAGAGGGAAAAUGAAUUAUGAAGCUCCCCACGGGCGUUGAUAAGUUUAAAAGGAGCUGAAAUCCUCAGAUUUCUCCGAAACCGAUCGACAACGAUUUUUGUCAAGUGUGGACUGAUCUUUGCCUGUUGGUCGAUCAUCUAGAAGCCAUCUGUGCGUAAAACGCAUUGACGAUAAACUAAUCCGCCUAGGCUUUAUAGUUGUCUCAUACAUCAUGCAUAUUCGUCGUUUUACUUGUACACUGCUCUUCUCAGCAGCAGUCGCUGCUCCAAUCGCUUCUGAUGAGACUUCUGACUCGCUCUCCCAGCUAGAUGAUCUACUUAGCCAAGCUAGGUCAACCCAAGAGGAUAUCCUGGAUGACAGAGCCGCUAGUAACGAGAAGAGAUCACAAACAUGUACUAUCCAGAACCUCACAAUACGCCGCGCUUGGGGUGCCCUUAGUCAAGAUGAACGGAAGGCAUACACUUCUGCCGUCCUAUGUCUCCAAUCUCUUCCCGCAAAAACACCUACCAAUUUAGUUCCCGGUGUGAGAUCAAGAUAUGACGAUUUCGUCGCCACUCACAUAAAUCAAACAUUAAACAUCCACUACUCUGGUACUUUCCUCGCGUGGCAUCGAUGGUUCACCUGGACGUAUGAACAGGCCUUGAAAAAUGAAUGUGGUUAUACUGGCUCUCAGCCAUACUGGAACUGGGGUCUCUACGCGAAGGAUCCGGCAUCGUCGCCAAUUUUCGACGGUGGCGAGUACAGCAUGUCCGGAAAUGGUGAAUAUAUCGCCGGAAAAGGACCCCUGACCUUAACCCUUGGCGAUUACCCACCUGUAUAUCUGCCUCCAGGGACCGGGGGUGGGUGUGUGACAUCCGGCCCCUUCAAGGAUAUGCAGGUGAAUCUAGGCCCUGUCAGCCUCCCACUAAAUGACGGUACCGUCAUUACAGGGUCAGGACUCGAAUACAAUCCUCGAUGUCUGAAACGAGAUAUCUCCGCCGGUGUUAACUCCGCAUACGCAAAUGCUACCUCCAUUGUUGAACUCAUCCUAAAACAAAACAACAUUGCGGAUUUCCAAUUAACCAUGCAGGGAGUACCGGGCUCCGGCUCGAUAGGUGUCCACGGCGGUGGUCAUUAUACCAUUGGAGGUGACCCUGGUAGUGAUGUAUUUACCUCACCAGGCGAUCCGGUAUUCUAUUUACACCACGGUAUGAUAGACCUAGUCUGGUGGACGUGGCAAAUACUCGAUUACAAGAACCGUCGCAAUGCCAUCGCGGGCACUGGGACAUUUUUGAAUAGUCCACCAUCCCCAUCCACGACUUUAGACGACAUAAUUGAUCUCGGAUAUGCUGGAGGAGGUCCCAUUACGAUGAGGGAAUUGAUGAGUGUUAAUGAUGGUCCAUUCUGCUAUACCUACAUAUAAGGGAUGGUCAGGACGGUAUAAAAUCGCGCAAGAUGUAAGAAGUACAUAGGUUUAUGAAAUAUUCCUGAUGACGUAAGUUGGGUUAGUCACCGAGGCUUUCGUGAUUAGAUAAUCAAUGAG